AUGACUGCCAUGACAAUUGUUAUGAAAAUUCUGGCGUGGAUUAGCAUGAAAAUUGUUAUGAAAAAGAGCGGGAAAAUCAGCCUAGUUCAGAGUGAUUCCAAUCCCCCUAGUUCAGAGCGGGAAACAACUGCUACCAAUCACUCCCUCCCUUGGUUGGUCAUUGGGGAUUUCAAUUUCAUCUUGCAUGAUAAUGAAAAAUACAGUACUCAACCAUUGGACAGUGUAGAAGCUAAUAUAUUUAGUAAAAAAAUUGUGGACUUGGAUUUAAUUGACUUAGGCAGUACAGGCUGCCCUUUCACUUGGUCCAAUAAGAGAAGUGGUCCUGCUCUCACUGAGCAUAGAUUGGAUAGAGGUCUUGCCACUGAAUCCUGGCUUCUCUUAUAUCCAAACUCCACUAUCACUAAUCUUCUAGCAAUUGGAUCUGAUCACCAACCCAUUCUUCUUAACACUAAUCCUCAUUGGUGUACUGGUAAAAUUCCUUUCAAUGCUUUCCUCAUUGCUAGAAAGCUCAAAGACAUUAAGCUGAAACUUAAAGUUUGGAAGAAAGAAGUGUAUGGCAACAUAAAGUCAAAUAUUGAAGAAAGUAAACAACAUCUACAUUGGCUUCAAGCAAACUACUUCAAGUACAACAGAGGUGAAUCUUUAAAAAAUGCAAAUCAAGUUCUCAGAGAAUGGCAAGACAUUGAAGAAAAAUUCUGGAAGACAAAAAGCAGAGAUCAAUUCAUCAAAUUGGGGGAUAAUAACGCAAGUUAUUUCCAUAGAACUACAAAAUGCAGAUUAAGAAGAAACUAG